CUCUCUUUCUCAGACUUUCUCUCUCUCUCUCUCUCUAAACUAGCGCGGGCUGAGGACAACAGAGUGCUCGGAAAACAUGUAUUGCGCCGUAGCAGUGCCGUUGAGGGUUUCUCCUCUCUUCUACAAACUCUCGGUUUCUCCUCCAGUUACCUUAAAUCUACACGCCUCGCCAUCUUCACAAUCCACGCCUUCACAUUCGUCACCAACAUCUCCGUUAUCGCCUUUGACGCUUCGUCUCAACAACCAGCCGGAGGACGAGCCCGUUUUUUCUUCUUCUUCUACUACUACUACUACACUUUUAACUACGGCUACGUCUGGGCCGGCGCUUAUGAAGAGGAAGAGGCCGGCGAUGAUCGAAAUUCCGAGCUUGGCGUUGAGUUUUGCGGCGACCGAGGCGCCGGCGGAGGUGGGUCCGAUGGACGAGGUGGAGGUUGACGGGGAGGGGUAUUACGUGUGCUGUAAGAGAGGGAAAAGGCGAGCUAUGGAGGACCGGUAUUCGGCCGUUGUUAAUAGUCAAGGAGAUUCUAAACAGGCUUUCUUUGGUGUUUUUGAUGGACAUGGAGGGGCAAAAGCUGCAGAAUUUGCUGCGAACAAUAUAGGCAGGAACAUUAUGAAGGAGGUGACAAGAAGACGCGAAGAAGAAAUAGAAGAGGCAGUAAAAGAUGGUUACCUUACCACAGAUGCAGAGUUUCUAAAGGAAGGUGCGAGCGGCGGUACUUGUUGUGUCACUGCGUUGAUACGUGAAGGUGAUCUUGUUGUCUCCAACGCUGGUGACUGCCGUGCUGUUUUGAGCCGAGGAGCUGUCGCCGAGGCCCUGACAGCUGAUCACCGGCCUUGCAGGGAAGACGAAAGAGACAGGAUUGAAAACACGGGUGGUUAUGUGGACUGUUGUCGCGGAGUUUGGAGAAUACAGGGGUCGCUUGCUGUAUCGAGAGGACUGGGGGAUCAACAUCUUAAAAAUUGGGUGGUAGCGGAACCGGAGACCAAAGUUGUUAGACUCACACCUGAAUGCGAGUUCUUAAUCCUUGCGUCUGAUGGACUGUGGGAUAAGGUCAGUAAUCAGGAGGCAGUAGAUGUAGUUCGCCAUUCAUGCGUAGGCAUCGAUAACCUGGAGCCGUUUUCUGCUUGUAAAAAGCUUGUCGAUCUGUCAGUAACGAGGGGAUCCAUAGACGACAUAAGUGUCUUGGUGAUUCAAUUAGCUCAUUUUAUUCCGUAAAACAUGCUAGGAGGAAGUAUAAAAUUCAGAUGAAGACGGUCAAAAUCGCUUCCCAGCAUUCAGAAGUCCAUAAUUGUGUAGAAACUUGAAGCCAUGGAAUUUGGAAGCUCGGAACUCUAAUAUCUGUACGUAUGAUCCGAAUCUGAUGAUUAGCGUCCACCGAUCAGGGCGGGAAGUAGUAAGGACCUGAAUCAAUUGUAUUAUGAAUGUUCUUGACAUUUCUUCCUCCAUAGGAAAGUUGAUAGUGUGUUGUGGUAUGUUGUAUCCCAUUCUAAAUGUACAGAGGAUAUUUUCUUCAGUAACCAACUUAUAUUUUUGGCCUUGGCUUCGGAUUUCACUGUUAUUUGGGAAAAAG